AUGGUACACCAUCAAAAGCAAUAUAGCACUAUGGGUAUGAUAGAUGAUAAGCAGAAUGUGAAAGUGAAAGAAGAGGGUGGUGAAAAUACGAAUGCGAAAGAGAAAAAGAAACAAAGCAAAGAAGAAGGUGAUAAGAAAAAGGAGGUGAAGAAGAUGACUAAGUAUAAGGAGAAGAAAGAGAGAACGAGGGGUAAUGACAAGGAUAAUGAGAAGGAGAAGGAGGAUCAGAGGAAAAGGAAGGAAAAUGAGAAGAAGAUGAGGGCACAUAAGGAAAGAGAGAAGAAGGAGAAUGAUAAAGAGGAGGAGUUGAAGGAGCAGAAUGACACAAAAAAUUGCCCACAGUUCUUUAGGUUCCUAAUGACCAGUUCAUCUAUGGAACAAGAGACAAUUCCCGAAGACUGCCACAAAUACUUGGAAGAGUGUACAGGAACAGUUUCACUGAGAGGUCCAAGCGGAAAUUUAUGGCCCGUAGAGCUGGCUAAAAUCUCCGGGGAGCUAUGCUUUGCAUGUGGAUGGAAGGAGUUCCUCUGCGACCAUCGCAUCGUGUAUGGCUACCUGCUGGUUUUCCGUUAUGAUGGGAACUCACAGUUCUCAGUCACGGUAUUCUUGCCAUCAUCCUGCGAGGCACCGUAUGCGUUUCUAGCCCAGCCGCAGCGCAUGGGCGCCACCGCUGUGGCAGCAAAGGAUGAGAAUGGGCACACGGGCACCAAUGCAGAUGGUACUGCCCCGCAAGAAGAAGACUCUCACAUUGGCACAGGUGCAGAUGGUACUCCACAAAAUGAAGGAGAAGAAGAAGAUGCUUCAGAAGAAUAUGAAGGGAGCGACAACAUGAGUGUCGAUGCUGACGGCGCUGGUCCACAAAAGGAAGAAGAAGAUGCAUUAUCAGAGAAUCCGGAUAAUGAGGAAGAAAGUGAAUGGCGCAGCUCACCAUCGCAGCAACAGAAGGAGGAUCAAGACAAGAUCGACAAUGGUUUUGUGGUCGGGAAGAGGACUAGGUUCAGGAAGGUUGAUGAUAUCAUGACAGAAGUGGUCGGAUCCAAGAAGUCCAAGGCUAAGGAAGGGAAAAGACAUGAAGCUCAAUCUAGUGAUUCGAAGUCUGAAGGAGAAGCAUUAGGUGACAGUUUAGAAACAGAAUCGGGGCUUCGUCCACCCAGGAAGUCCAAGGCUACUCAGGAGAAAAGGCCUGAAGCUCCAUCAGGUGAUAGUUUGGCAGAAUUGGUCCAUUGUUCACCCAAGAAGUCCAAGGCUGAGGGGAAAAGGUCUACUGCUUUAGCUUCUAAAGGAGCAGCAUCAAGUGACAGAUUGAAAGAAUCAAAGCGUUGUCCACCCAGGAAGCCCAAGGCUGCAAAGGGGAAAAGGCCUCAAGGUCCAUGUGGCCAUUCGGAGUCUGAGGGAGCAGAAUCAGGUGACAGUUUGGCAGAAUUGGUCCGUCGUCCACCCAAGAAGUCCAGGGCUGAGGGGAAAGGGUCUGCUGCUUCAUCAGCUUCUAAAGGAAUGACGUCAAGUCACAGUUUGGCAGUUCAUACAGGUGUACUUGCGCCAGAAUCCGUAUGCAAGGACUUAACCAAAUUACACAAAUCUUUUGGUAAAAAAUAUAGUAUGAAGGCUCAGUUCCCGAUGUUCAAUAACAGCAAUAGUGAAAACCAACCUGGUAGAGUUAUCGUCAAGGUUCAGAGAAGGCCGGAAUUAAAGUCGCAGAGACGUCAAGUAACCCAAAGGGACAAGGAAUAUGCUAUGGACAGGGCACAGAGGUUCCAAUCCAAGAGGCCCUUCGUGAUCAAGGAAAUAAAGCACACCGAUGUCUAUGUGUCGUACUUCAUGAUCAUUCCAGAAAUGUUCGUUGAAAAUUUCCUCCCGAAGGAAAGCAGGAAGAUGACGCUGUGGGACCCACAGGCGAAGCCGUGGAAGGUGUGGUACGAGUACACCGGCGGGGAGUGUCCCCGUGCGGCGUUCAGCGCCGGGUGGGGCGCGCUCGCCAUGGAGAACUACCUGGAGAACAGGGACUUGUGUGUGUUCGAGCUCCUGGAUGAUGACUACAACAUCAAGCUGCACGUCUAUAGGGCCGUGCUGGAUAUCACCCCCUUCGCCCUGGCCCCAAAACAUCAUCAACAGGGUUGUGCAUAG